AUGGACAGCGCCCGCGAAAAGACGCAGGGGCGCUUGGACGCCGCUGGCUUCUGGGAGGUCUGGCAGCGAUUUGACGUGGAGGAAAAAGGUUACAUAGAAGAGAAGGAGCUUGAUGUUUUCUUUCACCACAUGUUGACGAAAUUGGGUACUGAUGAUGCGGUCAUGGAAGAAAAUGUGCAGAAGGUGAAACAGCAAUUUAUGGCCACCCACGAUGUCUCUAAAGAUGGUCGCAUACAGAUGAAAGAGCUUGCCAGCAUGUUCUUGUCCGAGGAUGAAAACUUUCUUCUGCUCUUUCGCCAGGAAACCCCCUUGGACAGCAGUGUGGAGUUUAUGCAGAUUUGGCGCAAAUACGAUGCUGACAGCAGUGGCUUUAUAUCGGCUGCUGAACUUCGUAACUUUCUCCAAGACCUCUUCCUCCACCACAAAAAGACCAUUUCUGAGGCGAAGCUGGAUGAAUAUACUGGCACCAUGAUGAAGAUCUUUGACAAAAAUAAAGAUGGCCGGUUGGAUCUUAAUGACUUGGCCAGGAUUCUGGCUCUUCAGGAAAAUUUCCUUCUUCAAUUUAAAAUGGAUGCUUGUUCUGCUGAAGAAAGAAAGAGGGACUUUGAGAAAAUCUUUGCUCACUACGAUGUUAGUAAAACUGGAGCCCUAGAAGGCCCAGAAGUGGAUGGGUUUGUCAAAGACAUGAUGGAGCUUGUCCAGCCCAGCAUCAGCGGGGUGGACCUUGAUAAGUUCCGGGAGAUUCUUCUGCGUCACUGCGAUGUGAACAAGGAUGGAAAAAUUCAGAAGUCUGAGCUGGCUUUGUGUCUCGGGCUGAAAAUCAACCCAUAA